GUACUCUCCCACCCACUCUUUCAAUCAUGUCUGCCGAUGAUGAGGAUGUCCAGGCGCUCGUGGUCGACAACGGCUCGGGCAUGUGCAAGGCCGGCUUCGCCGGCGACGACGCCCCGCGCGCCGUCUUCCCGUCCAUCGUCGGCCGCCCCAAGCACCCCGGGAUCAUGGUCGGCAUGGACCAGAAGGACGCCUACGUCGGCGACGAGGCCCAGUCCAAGCGCGGCGUCCUCACGCUCAAGUACCCCAUCGAGCACGGCAUCGUGACGAACUGGGACGACAUGGAGAAGAUCUGGCACCACACCUUCUACAACGAGCUCCGCGUCGCCCCCGAGGAGCACCCCGUGCUCCUCACGGAGGCGCCCCUCAACCCCAAGGCGAACCGCGAGCGCAUGACCCAGAUCAUGUUCGAGACGUUCAACGUCCCGGCCAUGUACGUCAACAUCCAGGCCGUGCUCUCGCUCUACGCGUCCGGCCGCACGACGGGCUGCGUGCUCGACUCCGGCGACGGCGUCUCGCACACGGUGCCCAUCUACGAGGGCUACGCGCUCCCCCACGCGAUCGUGCGCCUCGACCUCGCGGGCCGCGACCUCACGGACUACAUGAUGAAGAUCCUCACGGAGCGCGGCUACUCGUUCACGACGACGGCCGAGCGCGAGAUCGUCCGCGACAUCAAGGAGAAGCUCACGUACAUCGCGCUCGACUUCGACCAGGAGAUGAAGACGGCCGCCGAGUCGUCGGCCCUCGAGAAGAGCUACGAGCUCCCCGACGGCAACGUCAUCGUCAUCGGCAACGAGCGCUUCCGCUGCCCCGAGGUGCUCUUCCAGCCCUCGUUCAUCGGCAAGGAGGCGUCCGGCAUCCACGACUGCACGUUCCAGACUAUCAUGAAGUGCGACGUCGACAUCCGCAAGGACCUCUACUCGAACAUCGUCCUCUCCGGCGGCACGACCAUGUACCCGGGCAUCGGCGAGCGCAUGACCAAGGAGCUCACGGCCCUCGCGCCCUCCACGAUGAAGAUCAAGGUCGUCGCCCCCCCGGAGCGCAAGUACUCCGUCUGGAUCGGCGGCUCCAUCCUCUCCUCGCUCUCGACCUUCCAGUCCAUGUGGAUCUCCAAGGCCGAGUACGACGAGUCCGGCCCGGCCAUCGUCCACCGCAAGUGCUUCUAGGCGCUUUCGAGCUGCGGCAGGGAGAGUCUUCAGUGAUUCCCCGGCGCGCACCAAACCUGUCUAAUUUUGUCGAAGGC